UAAAAAGCGGUCCAGGGAGGUGGUCGGGGCUCGGCCUGAGAAGGGGGUCCCCGUUUCCUCCUCCCCGGGCUCAGUGACGUUGCGGUUUCCGCCUCCCUGCGGCCGAGCCCCAGCGCCCGCCGAGUCCCGCCCUCCGCCCCUGGAGCCCACACCCCACCCGCCCGCGCCGGCUGGGCCCGCAGUAGCGCAGCCCGAAGCUGCUGCUGCGGCGUGUCUCAGGGCGCAGCGCCCACUGGCACCCAUGGCGCGGCGGGCGCGCUGAGAGCUCUCUCUGUUCCGAGGGUACCUGGGGCCCUGACGCCCGGGAGUGAGCGGGGCCGGGACCGACCUCUGGAGUCUGGGCCGAGUUUUGGGAGGCGACGCCUGAGAGGACGGAGCCGCGGCAAGGAGAGGAUCUUUCGAAGAUGGUUUGGCUGCCUUGGAGAUUUGGACAUCUGGUGCCACGAUGAGGACUCACACACGGGGGGCUCCCAGUGUGUUUUUCAUAUAUUUGCUUGGCUUUGUGUCAGCCUUCAUUCCUGACGAGAACCCAGAAGUCAUGAUUCCCUUCACCAAUGCCAACUACGACAGUCACCCCAUGUUGUACUUCUCCAGGUCAGAGGUGGUGCAGCUGCAGCUGAAGGCAGCCAGCACGCAUGAGCACAUUGCAGCCCGAAUCACGGAGGCUGUGCACACUAUGCUGUCCAGCCCACUGGAGUACCUGCCUCCCUGGGAUCCCAAGGAAUACAGUGCUCGCUGGAAUGAAAUUUAUGGAAACAACUUGGGUGCUUUGGCGAUGUACUGUGUGCUGUAUCCUGAGAACGUCGAAGCCCGAGACAUGGCCAAGGACUACAUGGAGAGAAUGGCAGCGCAGCCUAGUUGGUUGGUGAAAGAUGCCCCUUGGGAUGAAGUCCCCCUUGCUCACUCACUGGUUGGUUUUGCCACCGCUUAUGACUUCUUGUACAGCUAUCUAAGCAAGACACAAAAGGAGAAGUUUCUUGAAGUGAUUGCCAAUGCCUCGGGAUAUAUGUAUGAAACAUCCUACAGGAGAGGGUGGGGAUUUCAGUACCUGCAUAAUCAUCAGCCCACCAACUGCAUGGCUUUGCUCACAGGAAGCUUAGUUCUCAUGAAUCAAGGGUAUCUUCAAGAAGCCUACUUAUGGACCAAACAAGUUCUGACCAUCAUGGAGAAAUCUCUGGUUUUACUGCGAGAGGUGACAGAUGGCUCUCUCUAUGAAGGAGUUGCAUAUGGCAGCUACACCACUAGAUCACUCUUCCAAUAUAUGUUUCUUGUUCAGAGGCACUUUGAUAUCAACCACUUUGGCCAUCCAUGGCUUAAGCAACACUUUGCUUUUAUGUAUAGAACCAUCUUACCAGGGUUUCAAAGGACAGUGGCUAUUGCAGACUCAAAUUACAAUUGGUUUUAUGGUCCAGAAAGCCAAUUAGUGUUCCUGGAUAAAUUUGUCAUGCGUAAUGGCAGUGGUAACUGGCUGGCUGAUCAAAUCAGAAAAAAUCGCGUGGUGGAAGGGCCUGGCACCCCAUCCAAAGGCCAGCGCUGGUGUACACUGCACACAGAAUUUCUCUGGUAUGAUGCCAACCUAAAAUCAGUUCCUCCUUCCGAUUUUGGCACCCCUACCUUGCAUUAUUUUGAAGACUGGGGCGUUGUAACGUAUGGAAGUGCACUACCAGCAGAAAUCAAUAGGUCUUUCCUUUCCUUCAAGUCAGGAAAACUUGGGGGACGUGCAAUAUAUGACAUCGUUCACGGAAACAAAUACAAAGACUGGAUCAAAGGAUGGAGAAAUUUUAAUGCAGGACAUGAACAUCCUGAUCAAAACUCAUUUACUUUUGCUCCCAAUGGUGUGCCUUUUAUUACUGAGGCUCUCUAUGGGCCCAAGUACACCUUCUUCAACAACGUCUUGAUGUUUUCCCCAGCUGUGUCAAAGAGCUGCUUUUCUCCCUGGGAGGGUCAGGUCACAGAAGAUUGCUCGUCAAAGUGGUCUAAAUACAAGCAUGAUUUGGCAGCCAGCUGUCAGGGGAGAGUGGUUGCUGCAGUGGAGAAAAACGGGGUGGUUUUCAUCCGAGGAGAAGGCGUGGGAGCCUACAAUCCCCAGCUCAAUCUGAAGAACAUUCAAAGGAACCUCAUCCUGCUCCACCCACAGCUUCUCCUCCUGGUGGACGAGAUACACCUGGGAGAGGACAGCACCUUGCAGACAGCAGCAAGUUUUUUCCACAAUGUGGAUGUUCCUUUUGAGGAGACAGAGGUCGAUGGGGUCCACGGGGCUUUCAUCAGACAGCGAGAUGGUCUCUACAAAAUGUACUGGAUGGAUGACACUGGCUACAGUGAGAAAGCCACAUUUGCCUCGGUGACAUACCCCCGGGGCUAUCCCUACAAUGGGACAAACUAUGUGAAUGUCACCAUGCACCUCCGAAGUCCUAUCACCAGGGCGGCAUACCUCUUCAUAGGACCCUCUGUCGAUGUUCAGAGCUUCAGCAUCCACAGCAGCUCCCGGCAGCUGGAUGUGUUCAUAGCCACCAGCGAACAUGCCUACACAACCUACCUGUGGAUGGGUGAGCCCACAGGCCAGUCGGCCUUUGCACAAGUCAUUGCAGAUCACCAGAAAAUUCUGUUUGACCACAGUUCAGCCAUUAAGAGCACCAGUGUCCCCGAGGUGAAGGACUACACUGCUAUUGUGGAACAGAACCUGCAGCAUUUUAAGCCAGUGUUCCAGCUGCUGGAGAAGCAGAUCCUGUCCCGCGUCCGAAAUACAGCCAGCUUUAGAAAGACCGCGGAGCGCCUGCUGAGAUUUUCAGACAAGAGACAGACUGAAGAGGCCAUUGACAGGAUUUUUGCCAUAUCUCAGCAACAGCAGCAGAGGCAAAGCAAGUCAAGGAAAAACCGAAGGGCAGGCAAACGCUAUAAGUUUGUGGAUGCUGUCCCUGACAUUUUUGCACAGAUCGAAGUGAAUGAGAAGAAGAUACGACAGAAGGCUCAGAUUUUGGCACAGAAAGAGCUACCCAUAGAUGAAGAUGAAGAAAUGAAAGACCUUUUAGAUUUUGCAGAUGUAACUUACGAGAAACAUAAAAAUGGGGAUUUGAUGAAAGGUGGCUUUGCACAGGCGCGGAUGGGAACAACCACUCACAGCAGAGCCCCAUCGCUUUCCGCUUCCUAUACCAGACUCUUCCUGAUUCUGAACAUUGCUAUUUUCUUUGUCAUGUUGGCGAUGCAACUGACUUAUUUCCAGAGGGCUCAGAGCCUGCAUGGCCAAAGAUGUCUUUAUGCAGUCCUUCUACUAGAUAGCUGUAUUUUAUUGUGGUUGUACUCAUCCUGUUCCCAGUCACAGUGUUAGCACUGAAAUGCUGAAUGGUUAGAAAAUUUUGUGAUCAGGGGAGACCAUACAAAAGAAAAAAAAUCAUCACCCUACCUUGUUACUGAUUUUUUAAAAUUUUCACUUUAACAAAUUAAGGGAAAAUGUUUUUGCAGAAGAAAGCAGGGAAGUGGAAUAAUCGGAGUUGGAGACUUUGUAUCAGAGAAUCAGGAGAGUAGCUAGGUUGUUCCAUGCUAGUUCUAGAAGUGUUUGACUAUGCUAAUACUGUAGUCCAUAAAAUAUUACUCUUAGAAGAAACAAAAAGUCCUUUUCACAGUCAAUUUUUUCUUAGGAGAAAAAGAGAAAUAUGAUUGGAGUUUAUUAAUAAUAAUUUAAUGCUAUCAGCAGUUUCCAGAUACUGAGUUAGGGAAAAGAUUGUAGAACACGAACUUGUAAGGAAUACAGACUUUCAAAAAUGGUGUAGUCAGCUUGAAAAGGAAAUUGUUAAGUCCUGUGGUCCACUCCCU